AUACUUGGAAAGUAUAACCAAAAUGACUUGUUAGGUCUUCUUUACUGUAGGUUAAAUCUUCCUCAUCAUAUUGGCAUGUUUUGCUAUUAGGGAUUUUUCACAACUAACACUCACUUUUCUUCUUCCUCUUCUUCUUCUCCUUCUUCUUCCUCUUCAAUAUUCUUUUUCUCUCUUUCUAUAUAUCCAAGACUUUUAAAGUAGCUCCCACUACACUAAGUUUCUCAUUUACAUAAUUCUUUCUCAUCUGUUUCUAAUCUCCAACAUAUAUACACCAAUUAACCUCUCUCUAAUGGCUGAUAUUGAUUGCCAUGCAAAACCAAUAAAGCUUUUCGGCUUCAACAUCUCAGAAGACAAUGACCUAAACACAACAAGAUCAUCUUCAUCUCCUUCUGAAUCCCAAGACUCCGAUCAUCAUCAACGGAAAUACGAGUGCCAGUACUGUUUCCGCGAAUUCGCCAACUCUCAAGCUCUAGGUGGUCACCAAAACGCUCACAAGAAAGAGAGGCAGCUCUUGAAGCGAGCACAGAUGCAGGCUAGUAAUGCCAGCCGGAACUUUUCGGCUUCCGGCCACCACGUCCACAAUCCAAUGAUAUCGGCGUUCAUGUCGCCGCCACCACGUCAUAUUUUAGGUCCGGCACCACCAGCACAUCCUCAGGACUCUUCAUGGUUUUACAUGUCAUCGCAUGCUCCUCCUUUGCAUGUAGUACCGCAAGGCGGUGCGUAUUUUCCGACAGCGGCGGUUGCGGUGCCGGCGGGGAGGAAUGUGUAUGGAAGGGUAGGAAUAAGGGAGAGUAUGAUGAGGACUUUGUCCCAAGAGGUUGGGAAUCAUGCCGGAGUUUUGCAGGGUUUGAGUGGCUUGGCUGGAGAUAAUGGUGGUUCUCAUCAUCAAUAUCAGCUUGAUCAUCAUAACGGUUUGGGUUUGGAUUUGCAUCUUAGUCUUGGAUCUGCCAAUCCUUAAUAUGACCAUCAUGAUCAUGAUCAUGAUGGUUUUUAGUUAAUUACUUUUUUGUUGAUGAUAUAUGGAGUGUGUAAAUUUUCAAAGUUUUUUUCUGACUUUUUUUUUUUUUUUAACAAUUAAUUGUUAUUGAAAAUUUGAGCA